AAGACCAAUAAUCCUCUGACCGUUCACUCGUGUUUCCUGAACGCAGCCAAUGGCGUGUUCCGAUAUUCAUUGCCAUUGAAAAUCUAUACUUCGUGUUACGUAUGCUAUAAAUUUUCAGCACUGGCAGUGAAGAUCGAAAAGUAUCUAACCUAUAAGUGAAUUUGUAUCUUGUUAAACAUAAUUUAGAAAAUAAUCAUACACAAGUAAUAAAUCAACAAUGGACGCGAUUAUGCAAAAGGAUUUGUACAAUCUGAUCGGCGCAGAGUCCACGGCCUCUGUGACAGAGAUCAAAAAGGCAUACCGCAAGAAAGCCUUAUCAUGCCAUCCUGAUAAAAAUCCUAACAAUCCAAAAGCAGCAGAAUUAUUCAAUGAACUAACAAAAGUAUUGGAGAUAUUAACGGAUGAAAAAACACGAGCAGCCUAUGACCAAGUUAUCGCAGCUAAAAAACAACAGAAGGAACGUGUCAGAAAAUACGAUGUCAAGAGGAGAAAAUUUAAAGAAGACCUAGAAGCACGCGAGGAGGCUUAUAAAAGGACAUUAGAUCCUACAUACAAUACUAAAUCUGAUGAGGAUCGCUUAAAAGCCGAAAUAGAAAGAUUAGAGAGGGAAGGAUCGAAGCAAGUACAAGAAGAAGUGAUGUCUGUAUUGGAGGAAAUCAGGAAACUGCAUCAUUGUAUGCCAAACAAUUCAAAAUCGUCCAAGGUAGGGGAUUUCAAGAUCAAGAUUAGAUGGAAGUCACGAGAAGAAGAUUCAUCAAAUGGUGGAUACAACUAUAAUAAUCUGCAUAAAAUGUUUUCUAAAUAUGGAGAUAUAGAAGUUCUUGUCGUGUCUUUGAAGAAAGGAAGAGCCAUAGUCGAGUUUGGAAAUAAAGAUGCAGCGGAAACCGCUCUUCUGAGUGAGAUCGGUUUAGCAGAGAACCCGCUAACGCUUCGUGGCUUGUGGGAUACUCGGAAACAUUCAAAAGGUGUCGCAAGCGAUAAGAAAUUCAAUUCCGGAAGACCCAUAUUUCCUGCUAACAGACAUACCGAUAGCGAACCGUGUGCGUCUCUUAAUUGCUCUUCCGCACCCGAUACAUUUACGCAGCAGGGAAGGAUGUCGGAUGCGGAGUUCGAAAUUUCCGUAUUGGCUAACCUGAGGAGAGUGCAAGAACGCAAAAACCAACUCAUAGAGGAAACAAAAGCGCAAGAAAGAAUUUAAUUUCAGUAUUGUGUCCUGUCUGUGCCCACAUGUGGGUUUAUUCAUUCCCUUAAGAGAAAUAUAUCAACGAUAAAACUAGAA